AUAUGUCAUGUAUACGUCAAAAGUGGAAAAAUUAAAAAAAAUCGAAAAACCUUCAGCAGAAAAACAAGAAUUUUACUUUUUUCACCUGCGUUCUGAUUUUCUCAUAACGCACCAAAAAAUAAAUAUGAAUUUUCAUUCAAAUCAAGAAAAACACAAACAAUAAUUCCUCAAAAAUAAUAAAGUCUUAACAAAAAUGUCCGAAAUCGAUUCACAUCACGGUUCUCAAUUGGAACUUUUUGGCGAGCAUAUGGAAAAUUAUAAUGUCGAAGCUUCAGCCAUUCACCGGAAGUUACAAAGUAAAAUCGAGGCCCUACACAUUUUACGAAAGGAACUCGAACAAUUUCGCACCGAACGAGAUCAAUUCAAGCUAAUGGCAGAGACUCUGCAAUUACGAUACUCGGCUGUUCGUAGGAAUACCGAUUAUAACAAUUGUGGCUUUGGUGGAAAGUCGUCGGUGGCUAGUAUGUUACAUGACACAAGGGAAAGGAACAUCAAGCUUACCACAGAGUUGGAAGCAAUGAAACAAAAACUUAGCGAACUACAGGGAGACAUUGAAGUUUUAAGAGUUCGAGGUUCAGUGGGAAUGUCUAAGGAAGUCCAACCAUCGGUAUCAAGCAGUUUGAAUAGGGAGGAAGAUCAGUGGAAGCAAGAGAAGGCGGAUUUCAUUUGUCAUUUAGAGAAUCUCAAGAAGAAAAAUGCCCAGCUAGCCUUUGACUUAAAGGCAAUUCUGGACGAAAAGGAAGAAGCUGUAACCGAGAGAGAUGCUUACAAAUGCAAAGCACAUCGGUUGAACCAUGAACUACUGCUCGCACUCAAGGCCAACGAAUCACAUCCAAGGCUUCUUGACGUUGAUAGCAUAGUUCUAGAAAAUAAGUACCUGCAAGAGAGACUGAAGAAUUCCGAAGCCGAACUUGAGUUUACCACACAAUCCAUGAACAAGUAUAAGGCAAUGCUGGAUGCAAAACGCAAGAAAGGUAUCAUUAAAUUAGGAAAUAACAGUCAAGAUAUUAUGUCCCAUAAGCAAGUGAAAAAAUUACUAGAUAACGGUGUUGACUUGCCUACAAAAACAGAAACCAUAGCCGAUCUGAAAUCACUAUGCUUAGCGUUAUUGGAUAAUCUCAACGAUAAGAAUCUCGCUCUAAAUCAUCAAAAGAAAACGAAUAAAAUCCUAGCAUCGAAAAUAGCCGAACUGGAACAACGAAUUCAGAUUGUUUCUGGCUGUGAAUCUGGUUCCUCUGAUGUUAUAUGUUUUUCGCCAUCACAAAUUCUUCUCAAUGGCUAUUGUCCCUCCAGUGUUGACACCGAACCGAAAUCCCCAAACGUUACUGAAGAUUCCGGUACAAUGUCAUCGGAACCUGAUGAUUCACAAAAAACCUCAAGAGUCUCCGAAGAAGAUGGUAUGUCAUCAUCGUUAUCAACCGAAUCUGGUCGUAGUAUUCUCUCUUCUGAAUAUGAUGUCGCUGGAAGCGGUAGCGGCAUUGGCAACGGAGCUCAAUGUUCUUUGCUCACAAGUGACAUUAUGACUUCGUUGUAUCCAUUUAAAGAUGUCGACACCAAGAAGGCUACAUCGAUAACAUCGUCUAUUGCCAAAGAACGUUUAGACGAUCUUAAGGACUUGCCACCGGAAUUGGCUGCAAUGGUGCAAAAAGCAUUACACGACUUGGAUGUUCAAGAAUUCGAGGAAUCACUUAUCGAAGAUGCUGCGCAUUAGUAUAUGAGAUUUUCUCAAAUGUACUUUCUUCCUUUUUUAAGUAAAUAUAAAAAAAAACUUGUACUUUAGUCAGGGAAUUGAUAUAAAACGUAUAAAUGCUUGUAUCUUUAAAUAAUGCAAACUUACGUUAUUCUUAUUUCCAUAUAACCCUCACCCACCCAAUUCUAUUUGUGUGUAUUGUAUAGGCAUAUGAAAAGUUACUGAAACAAAUAACUAUGUAAAAUUGUAAAGGAUAGAUCGUGUUAAGGAAUGAACAAUAAAAAUAUUCUAAAGUAAAAAUAUCAAUACUCAA